GCAGCGCAAUCAGACGCAGAAAUUGUCUUCCGCAAUUUGUUCAGUUUUGUUUGUCCGUGCCCACGGAGCAUGUCUGCAAAAUGAGUAGUUUUGUGAAAAGGGAAGGAUCGGCGGAAGAAAAUUGUUUACAGGUGUAUCUGCCCGAGGCACGCUACGAGUGUCCCAUUUGCUACUGCUGGCUUAACGAGCCAAUUCUGACGAAAUGUGGCCACCGUUUCUGCCGUAAAUGCAUCACGUACUGGCUCAACAGCGAGAAGAACUCCAUCUGUCCGCUGGACAACGAGCCGCUCGACAUCGACAGCGACAUCUUUCCGGACAAUUGUACGCGGCGCGAAAUUUCGCAGAUCAAGAAACCGUGCCCGAACUGGGAGCGCGGCUGUGCGGACCAACUCUCACCCACCGAAAUCGACUCCCACCAGCAGCAGUGCCGGUUCGCCAUGUCCAGCCAGAGCCAGGCGUGCCCGUUCGCACGGGUACGGUGCAAAUUUGUGGCUCCCAACGAAAUCACCCUGAACGAGCACCUGGCCACCGACUGCCAGCGGCACCUUCAGCUCCUUCUGGAAUCGCACACGGGCAGCGGCGACCGUUAUCGGUUGUGGGAUCCACCAGAUAAAAAUAUUGCUCCCGAAAUGAGCACCAAUGACCUGGUCCGCUCGAUGUACGAACGGAUCGUGAUCCUCGAGCAGGAGCUGCACAUCCUCACCAUCAAGCUGUCGAAGCAGGACACACAACUGGCGAAGGUGCACAAAGAGAUCGAUCCGCGCUACAGCGCCGGAGUGCUCCUGUGGAAGAUGGACGAUUUUAGCAGCAAGGUCGAUACGAUGCUCGGCAACAGCAACUGCAUGUUUUAUAGCGGCGAAGCGUACACCUCACCGCACGGCUACAAGUUUUGUGCCCGCAUCAAUGUCUCGCCCCGCACGAAGGAGUUUAUCGGGCUGCACGUGCACCUGAUGCAGUCGGAAAACGAUUACCAUCUCGAGUGGCCGUUCAAGGGGCGGAUCAAGAUAACGCUGCUCAACGUGCGUAAUCCGGAACGAUCGCAGCACGAUACGAUCAUGUCGAAGCCCGAAAUUCUCGCCUUCCACCGGCCAAGCCAGGAGAUCAGCCCUCGUGGUUUCGGGUUUUUGGAGUUUGCGAAGAUCAAGGACAUAUUGACCAAGUUCAUGGAUAGCGACAACGUGGUGGUAAUCAAGAUUGAGAUGAACAUUGUCUAAGGCGGUGGCGAAGGAGAGAAUUCGCUCAUAACCAUUUCAUUCCUUACUGCGUAUCAUUCCAACGUAACCAACCUACCUUACCUUACGUACGCCAGCCAAACGGCGGCCGCUUGCAUAGUCGGCUCCUCCUCGACCACCCAGUUACUUAUCGCUAGCGCGUAUCGAUAUAAUUGUGUACUGUGUUGCAUUGUCUUAGAACGUAGCUGCUUGGACCGCGUGUGGAUCUAUUGAUCGUGUAGGUUACGCUCCUUAGUUUUAACGUAAGCUAUUUAGUAGCCGCAUUAGCGAUAGCGACGAGCCGUCGUUGUGUACCUUCGAUUCGGCUGCAGAUCUGAUUGUGCCAAACUCGCCAUGCCCGUUUGAACCAUUGUAAGGUAUUUUAUGGAUAAGUAUUGCCCAUCUCACCUAGAAUCUCUCUUUUAAUGCAACUGCCGGACGCUCGUAAAACAUCUGCAAUAUUUGAUGCUUCUUUCUUUCACCCUACUACACCCGCACCACAUUCCACCGAAACCAUCCUCAACAUGGCCAAAACGAAAAAAGGAGAGAAAAAAACUUCAUCGCGUAACAGAUCGAGGGUUCUAAAAGCUUUUUUGUUGACAAUUUUAGAUGUUAUAUACAACAAUACAGGAAUUUUCGAACGUGAUAGAAAAAAAACGGGCAGGAAUCAUAACCUAAACAAAAGUGUACUCAACGUGAUGCGCACAAACAACAGACCCGGGCGGGGACUGUGGUGGUGGUACGUCGUGUUUUGUAGUUCCACCGUAAACGUAAAUGUAUCCGUACGGAAAACACAGUAGAAUGCGGAAACGGGGAUAAAUAAACGUGUAUAAAAAGGAAAACAAGCGAACCGCAAAUGCGUCAGCGUUCGACUGCGUGCCUCCCAAACACUCCCUCCGGCGCCAGAGUU